GUCCCAUCCCCCGCUGAUCGCAUCGCCAAAAAGGAGGAUUCUCCAAACGGGGACAUGGCCGAUGACCAUAACCUCAAGACGAGCCAUAUGGCCAUCGUCUUAGGCAUUGGGCUCGGGGUGGUACUACUGAUUGUUAUAAGCUUGGUUUUGACUAUCGUCAUUAACCGGCGCGAUCGCCGAGCAUUUUUGUCGUCAAAGAAGAACCCUGAUGAGCGACUGGCUAGUCUGGACGCUGUAUCACCGACUCGGACACUGGAGCAAUGGUGGACUAUGACGAAGGGGAAGAUGGGGCUCUCGGAAGCUGUGGAUGGCCAGUUUGUUUGUGCGGUUUGUCUGGAGCAGGUGGAUCGUUCUGAGGAGAUCAGGGAGCUGCGCUGCUUGCAUGUCUUUCAUCGGGAAUGCCUGGAGAAAUGGUUCUUAGGGGAUCACUAUAAUUGCCCGCUAUGCCAUCGUGCCUAUUUCGUUGCGGAGACACCCCCACGACAUGAUUAUGUGUGGAUGGUAUGA